ACAUGCGGGGUGACGCUAUCGCGCCGCCAUGACGGGUCCUGGCAAUCCCGGCCGUUCACAUGAGGGGUGACGCUGGCGAGCCGCCAUGACGGGUCCUGGCAAUCCCGGCCGUUCACAUGCGGGGUGACGCUGUCGCGCCGCCAUGACGGGUCCUGGCAAUCCCUGCCGUUCAGGUCUCGGGGAAGUCACAGGGCGGCCAUCUUGACUCCUGGCAAACGCCGGGUUGGCCUCCCCCCAUCCCUCCAGCCCCACCCUGGUGCCGAGGGGGGGCGGGUGUCACAGUGGGACUCCGGGGAAACAGGAAGUGCGGUCACGUGACCCGGCUCCGGGCCGGGGGGGUCAGGCUGACGGGGGGAAGGAGCCGCCCCCGGCUCACCACAUCUCUGGGGUAUCCGGGGUCCGAGCCGUGACCCCCCCGCACGCCCCCCCACUCCCGCCGCCGCCGCCAUGGAGCCCGAGGGCUGGCAGCGUCUGUCCGACUCGGAGGAUGAGGAGCCACCAGCGCCACCUCCUGCCUGCACCACCUGCUGGAGGAACUUAGCCGGUUUCUGGCUGCUCGGCCUCUGCAAUAACUUUGCCUAUGUGGUGAUGCUGAGCGCGGCCCAUGACAUCCUGAGCCAGCAGGGGGCACUGGACAUCAACGGGACCACCCAGACUCCCCUGGUGACACACCCCAGCAGGAACUCGUCCAACACCUCCCGCUAUGACUGCAACCCCAUCUCCACCGGGGCUGUGCUCUUGGCUGACAUCCUGCCUACCCUGCUCAUCAAAUUCAGCGCCCCCUUCUAUAUCCACCGUGUGCCCUACGGCCCGCGGGUGGCACUCUGCAUCCUUUGUGCCUGGGGCAGUUUCCUGCUGGUCGCCUUCUCCACCACCGUGGGCACGAGCAUCGUGGGGGUAGUCCUGGCCAGCGUCUCGUCGGGGCUGGGCGAGAUCAGCUUCCUGGCGCUCACGGCUUUCUACUCCAGCGAGGUGGUGUCGUGCUGGUCGUCGGGCACGGGGGGCGCCGGUCUGCUGGGGGCGCUGUCGUACCUGGGGCUGACCCAGGCGGGCCUCAGCCCCCGUCACACGCUGCUGCUCAUGCUCACCCUGCCCCUGGCCAUGCUGUUCAGCUAUUACUUGCUGCUGGUGCCCCCCCCUGCGGUGCCGCAGUGGCGCUGGGGUGACUCCGCUGUCCUGCACGACGCCCUGCCCACCGCCCGCCAGCCCCUCAUUGCGGGGGCCCCGGCAAAGCAGGGUGGCGGGGGCGCAGAGCUGACGCUGCAGGCCAAGGGGCGGAUUGUGAAGGGUCUCCUGAAAUACCUGCUGCCCCUGGCGCUCGUCUACUUUGCAGAGUAUUUCAUCAACCAGGGCCUGUUUGAGCUGCUGUACUUCCGGGACUCGGCUCUGACACACGCUCAGCAAUAUCGCUGGUACCAGAUGCUCUACCAGGCCGGGGUGUUUGUAUCCCGGUCGUCCCUGCACUGCGUCCGGAUCCGUCACAUCUGGGUCCUCGCCCUGCUGCAGUGCCUGAACAUGCUGUUCCUCUUGGCCGCCGUGUACUUCAUGUUCCUGCCCAGCAUCUACCUGGUCUUUGCCCUCGUCCUGUACGAGGGGCUGCUGGGGGGUGCCGGCUACGUCAACACCUUCCACAACAUCAGACUGGAGAGCCCGCCGGAGGAGCAGGAGUUCGCCAUGGGCGUGGGGUGUGUGGCCGACACCCUGGGCAUCUCGCUGGCUGGAGCCGCCGCGUUCCCCGCCCACGACUACUUCUGCCGCCUGCCCUGAGCUGGCCUGGGCUCCGGCCCCCCCCGCGGGGCUCUGUGUGUGCCCCAGCCGGCCCGCUGCUGCUGGCCCUCCAGCCUGUCUGUGCCUCGGGGGCUGGUAUGGAGCUGGGGGGGGGUCCAGCCCCAAGAGGAGCAGGACUGGGGGCAUGGGGGGUGGAUGGGAGGGAGCAGGAUAGGAAGGGCAGUGUUGGGCUGGUGAAUGGGGGGGCUGGAGUUAUUGGGGCUGGGUUGUGGGUAUGUGGGCGGCUGGGGUGUGGGUAUGUGGAGGGCUAGGGCUGUAUAGGGCUGGGGUGUGGGUAUGUGGAGUAUCGGGGUUGGGGUGUGGGUAUGUGGGGACCUAGGGGUGUAUAGGGCUGGGGUGUGGGUAUCUGGGGGGCUGGGGUGUGGGUACGUGGGGGGCUGGGAGUGCGGCGCUGGGGUCUGUGUGGUCCAUCGGUGUAUGUGGGGGGAGCUGCCCCCUAUCAAUAAAGGGCCUGUUCCCAUGGUGAGCAGGCUCUGGGCCUUA